CCGUUCAGUCAUUUUUGUGGCCGAGGGUCCGAAACGAUCACGUGGUGUAAAAGUUUGCAAACACGUGACGCUGACGGAGUUUCGGAAAGAACAGAACAAACGACGAGCGCGCUCGUCAAACACAGAAAGACAAAAACACAACGCACAGAUUUUUUUUUUCGUUUUUUGCUAACUAAAAAAACAAAAAACUUAUUUUUUUUUUUACUUAUUUGUCCCGCCCUGGCUGUGACUGCCUUAAAUUCGCGUCGCUUGACACGAAAUAUGAACAGGCACCGUUGGCACCAAAACGUCAUUUUGCUGUACUGGAAAACGACAAAUAUACCGUGUUAAUAUCUAGGUGGAAUGAUAAAUAAAACCGGACCUUGAAGAUGGCAUUCCAAGUUGCCACACCUCCCGAACCCAAGACCGCGAUGAACGAACAGCCCUGGUCAGUCUGCCCUGAGAGGACGGCGCUUUCAAACCGGGUGGGCACAGACCGUGGCUCACACUGCCCCCCUCUGCAGCAGAGCGCAUACUCCGGAGUGGUCCAGAACUUUUCCAGCCGGACUCUCCCUCAUCCUUCCUUCUAUUCUCUCUACGUGGCCGUCGGAUCCAUGCAGGCAAACCUGGAGGCUCGGAAGCACUGGGACCCCACAAGCUUUCCUGUCUCUCCCAUUUCUCCUGCUGAUUUCUACUACACAGACCCCUGGAAGCCUGCGGGAAGUCGAGUUUACAACACUGUGACUCAGCUCGAGGUUCUCGAGUGCUGUCGUCUGAACACACCUCCCCCCAUCAUGUCAGUCUGCCAGGCUGCGGGUUCGAACCCGUUCAGGACCGCGCCCCGAACCCUGGGCUCACCGAACCAGAACCGUCCGCAGGGGGCAUCGGAAAACAGGAGAGUGGAGAUAAUCCAGCUCUCCAGAGAGGAGGACCAAGCAGUGAGCACCCUCCUUGAGCUCCGGCUGUCCCACCUGGAGCGCAGGGGAGAGGGGAGCUCCUUAGAGAGCGUGCCUGGGGGUAUCGGAGACGGGAGCCCUCUUAGAGCUGAGAGCGGAGACUGGGAACAGCCGGGGAACUUCUGCACCGUAAGUGUUCCAGAACCGACUGCCGCUUCCUCUGCUCCUGCAGGAGAACCUGGACUUCAGCCGGCGGCAAAGCGGAGACCCAAGCCAGAGAUGGACGUGGCACAAGCCUUGCUGGAGCUUGUGAAAGGGGAGCCAGAGGACAGCCCGAGGCGACAGACCGUCGUGUCUUUGGCAGCUGGGUUUAGAGUCCCACUUACCGAAGACCGGGAAGCAUUGGGGAGACUCUGCGUCCAAGGAGGGGAUCGGAUCAAACCGCAGGAGGGCGAUUGGCCCCGCAGUCUAGAGCCGAAGUUGGGAGAGCCCGAUAGAAUGGACCUGGGUGGGCCAGACCGCUUGGCACCGGGGUCGCUGGAGGCUCCUCCGUGUAGCCAGUUGGGUGAAGGCUGGCACCAGGAUUGUGGUUCGGUGUUGGCAGGCUUGGGUGAGGAGGGACACAGGUCAUAUCUGAACAGGAGCACAGCGAGCGGGGAUGACGUCGUGGAGACCAGCUUGGACAGAGACGAGUCUGAGACGGGGUCCGCUGGACAGAGCUGCUCCCGGGAUGAGAGGCUGGCUGUUGACGCUUUGCUGGACCUCCAUGUCAUUGGCAGUAGGGUUUAGGGUCCCGUGUGCUGACUAGAGGCAUAGAGAGGUGGGGAGAGACUUUUCAAAGCAUGGGUAGGUCAUAGAUGUUGUGCAUGAGAACUGAGUGAUAGUUCAGUACUUAGUUUUUGCACUUGCAAUGUUAUCAGUGGUUCUCUGAAUAGAUUUCAUUGAGGGGAGCUCUGAACCCCAGGACUGGGUGCAGCAGGACUGGGUGCAGCAGCAGCAGCAGGGCUAGUGUGAGUUUGUAACCCUGCUCAAACUCCUGGCUCCUGAUCAUUUCAAUAUUAAUAAUAAUAACAGACUUCAUUGAGGGGAGCUCUGAACCCCAGGACUGGGUGCAGCAGCAGCAGCAGCAGGGCUAGUGUGAGUUUCUAACACAGAGAAAA